AUGUUGCGAGAGUCUCCGAUGGCAGAUGCUGCAGAUCACGAGGAGCAGCAGAAGCUUCGAAAUCAGCGCAAGAAGCUGGAUUCCAAGGAGGUAGAGUUCAUGGAGCAAGAGUUUCAGAAGUGGGCAGAUGAAUGCCAGAAGCUGCAGAAGAAGAAGAAGAAGAGCACGAUGCACAAGCAGACGCAGAAGAAGAUUGCCGUCGUCGAGCCGAACAGCUUCGACGAGAUGAUCGACUCGGUCGACACGCUACUAUCAUCACUCACACCACCCACAACAGAGACAUCCUCGCCCACCAAAACAUCCAACACCACUACAACCACACACCCAUCCCCACCAACAGCGUCCACGAUCCAGAUCGCCGAACUCGACGCCUGUGAAACCGCCAUCACAAAACCAUCCCUCCCGUACCUACACCCCGCGCGCAAAAGUACACGUGCCCACGACCACCGCGACUCCACCCCACCCCCACCCCCACCCCUCACCUUCACCACCGCCCUCCACUCCAACCCCCCCACACGCACCGACCUCGCCUUCGCCCGCAACCUCAGCACCGCCCACCACUCCGACCAGGACCAGCGCACCAUCGCCACGAAACCCCAGCCCAGCAGCGCCCCGACUCUGACCGCGGUGACGCACCACGGCGGAAAGACCAACGUGUUCAAAGCCGCCAUCGGCGCCAUGACACGGCGCCGCGGUGGUAAGAAGAGGGCGGUGAUCGAAGCCGCCGUUGAUGUGGUUGCGAGACGGCGGGGUAAGGGGGCUGCGGAGAAGAAGAAGGGGAGGAUGGGGGGGGAUGGGGUUGUCGUUUUCCGAGGCUGUUGA